AGGAGAAGGAGCUGCUCAGUAGGCAGAAGCAAGUGCAACUGGCAGCGCUGAUGUCGUGAGGGAACACUGGGGACAGCGGCUGAGAACUGUCUCACAUUACUCCUUUUGAUUAUCGUGACACAUCCAGCAACGCGUCUCUCCACCUCUCUCCGGGAUUUCACCGUCCUUGUGUGGGUCUCUCUUUCGGAGGACUUGCGUGCUUUUUCUUUCCUCCUGGAGGCUGAAUGGAAGCAGCAGCCGAGGGAGCGGUCGGGCUGUCGGAGGCCAGGGAAGGGAGCCCACUAUCCGGGGCCGCAGCAUCCGAUGAUGGGGAAACGGUUGUGGGAGUUAGCUACGGGAUGGACGCCGCUGAAAUGGAUGGGGCUGCCAAGAAAGCCUUCAUCACAGAGAUGCCCUCAUCUUCAAGCCAGCCUGGUCAAGGAAAGAAGAUUGGCCACAGAGGAGUCGAUGCAUCAGGAGAAACCACUUACAAGAAGACCACAUCAUCAGCCUUAAAAGGUGCCAUCCAGUUGGGAAUCGGUUACACAGUCGGCAACCUGAGCUCCAAGCCAGAGAGAGAUGUGCUGAUGCAGGAUUUCUACGUGGUGGAAAGCAUCUUUUUCCCCAGUGAAGGGAGCAACCUCACUCCAGCCCAUCAUUUCCCAGACUUCCGCUUUAAGACAUAUGCUCCUGUGGCCUUCCGCUACUUCAGAGAACUGUUCGGCAUCAGGCCGGAUGAUUACCUGUACUCCCUCUGUAACGAGCCGCUGAUCGAGCUGUCCAAUCCCGGAGCGAGUGGGUCAGUCUUCUACCUCACGAAGGACGAUGAAUUCAUCAUCAAAACCGUGAUGCACAAGGAGGCUGAGUUCUUACAAAAGCUGCUGCCUGGAUACUACAUGAACUUGAAUCAGAACCCUCGUACUCUGCUGCCCAAGUUUUUUGGCCUCUACUGCGUCCAAUCGGGCGGGAAGAAUAUCCGUGUGGUUGUCAUGAACAAUGUGCUGCCCCGCGUGGUCCGCAUGCACCUCAAAUACGACCUGAAGGGUUCCACCUACAAGAGGCGAGCGUCCAAGAAGGAGAGGGAGAAGGCCAGACCCACGUUCAAAGACUUGGACUUUAUGCAGGACAUGCCGGAUGGACUGAUGCUGGACCAGGACACCUACAAUGCGAUGGUUAAAACUCUACAGAGAGACUGUCUGGUACUGGAAAGCUUUAAGAUUAUGGACUACAGCCUGCUGCUUGGGGUCCACAACAUGGACCAAGCGGACAGGGAGAGGCAGAUGGAGGGAUCUCAGAGCGGCAGCGACGAGAAGAGGCCCGUGGCCCAGCAGAAGGCCCUCUACUCCACCGCCAUGGAGUCCAUCCAGGGGGGAGCUGCCUGCCGAGGGGCAAUAGACACAGACGAUGCGAUGGGUGGCAUUCCAGCAGUUAAUGGAAAAGGGGAAAGACUUCUUCUGUACAUUGGAAUCAUCGAUAUCCUACAAUCCUACAGGCUAAUAAAGAAACUGGAGCACACGUGGAAGGCUUUGGUUCAUGAUGGGGACACUGUGUCAGUCCACCGACCAGGUUUCUAUGCCGAUAGGUUCUUCAAGUUCAUGAGCAGCACAGUAUUCAAGAAGAGCUCGUCUCUGAAGUCCUCUCCAUCCAAGAAGGGUCGCGUGUCAUUGACGGUGCCUAAAUGUGCUGGUCCUGGUGCUGCAUGGUCCGCCAGCCAGCUGACCUCUGAUAGAGACGAGAAUAUCUACGACCUGAGAGGAGCCCACAGCUUCCCUACGUUGGAGGAUGAAGGUCGACAGGACCUUCUUCCAUGUACUCCCCCAUCGUUUGAGGAGGCAACCACAGCGUCGAUUGCCACCACUCUUUCUUCCACAACAUCUUUGUCCAUCCCCGAAAGAUCUCCGUCUGAUACGACAGAGCAUCCACGCUACAGUGUUUGCUCUGUCCUCAGGAGGCACACCCAGUCUCUCAGCCAUGAUGGAAGGACCCAAGAGGAGUUGCGUGUACGCGAGGAGGACCAGCAGACCAUCACAGUGGAGGUGGAGUUGAAGAGACACGACAGCGAGCCCACCAUCUCUGUCCUGCAGCCCUCACCUGAAAACAGUGAGCUUCAGGCAGCGACCGACACACAAGAGACAGCAGCACCCUCGAGUCCCGCGGCAACUCUUGAGGCAGCCUCACCCGCCCCGGCAGCUGCUCCGUCCUCACCGGGGCCGGCUGAGGAAACUCCCUCCAGACCCGAGGUGGUGGUGGUGGAGCCCGACGCGGCCAGCCAGGUGUCCGGCUCAGGCUGCACCAGCCAGGCUUCAGUCGACGAUGAUGACGAUGUGCCAGUCUCAGAUAUGUACUUCCCUCCAGAGGACAGGACCUGGGUGUACUCUCCGCUACACUAUGGCUCAGAGUCUAAGGCCUUGCCAGAUGGGGAUUGGGAAAGAGAGACAUAAACCCUAUUUUACUGGUACAGAAAGAGAGAGAGGAGUGACCGUCUACGAAGAGAAGACCCAUCAGUCUGAAGCCUAGACCGCAACAGAAGAAGCACGAUCUCUGUGUGCAGCAGGAUUGUAAACAUACCGAGAGGAAAAUUGAAAUGGACACCUAAGGAGUGAAAAGAUAACACCUGACAGUGAUAGCUUCACUGUUUUCCAACCAUCCCUGCCUUUCACCCUUGACAGAUGAUAUUUAUUAUGUCAAGUUAAGAAUUUCUCGAUGUUUAUGUGUGACAUAGUCUGUGAAAGGCUGUAGUAGUAUAUGUUUGACAUACAUACAAUGCCGCGACGGUAUUUCUAAAUCAGGCCUCUUCACAGACUUAAAACUGGUUUUCUCACUGAAUCUGCGGAGCUUGGAUGUACAGUGGGCUUGAAAGGACCUAGUUGUUGGCUGUGUCUGUCGAUUUCAUUUAAAUUUUUAUCUAUCACAUCAUGAGUGUGAUCCUACUGAGAAAGACAAAAGCUCUUCAAAUUCAAAAUAUUUGCAGACAUUUGAUUUUGGAAACAGCUUCCUCCCAUUCUCUAGGGUUACUGGUUCACUUGAUACGCACUUGAUACCCUUUAUUCAUUUAGCAUUUUGUGCUUAUUUUGUUAAAUGAUUAUCUUAGUUAUUUGAGUCAAACAAUGAAUCACUUUCUGUUAAAAUGGCCCAUUUUGCCCCUCAGGACUAGUUUUACAUUCGAGUCAACAUUGUUGGGUCCUGGUCAUUUGAACAUUUUGUACCUUUGUUAGUAAAGCUGUCUGCCAUGGGACAUUUUGUACUGACAUUACGUUAGUACUGCCUGGGAAUGUUUCAAACCGAUAUUUUUUUAUAAUCCACUAAUAGUCUAAUGCAAGGAUCCGUAAUCUCCGCCAGUUUUGCCCUCCUAGAUUAAAUUUGCUUACAGCUGCAAAACCUACAUGACCCCUAGACAAAACGAUAGCUCAUCAGGUUGUAUACCUGCAAUAUCAAAGUCGUUUUAUCGUUAAACAACCAUGAUUUUAUUUUAUGUUUACAUUGUAGAACAUGUGAAGCUUUAAGAAAUAAUAAAUUGCCUUAAAUGUAACAUUCAACAAUAAUUAAAAAAGAUUAGGAAGCAAAACAGUUUUGGGCGUAAUGACAUAAAAAAUUGCUAAACAAAAAAAAAAAGCAUUCCUUGUGCUGUUAGUGUCAUUCUGUAUCUAUUUCCAUACAGCUGCUGCAUGAAUACACAUAGAAAACCUGCUAAAAGGAUAUUUUUUUUUACUUUACACUGAAAAACAUUGCUCAGUUAAUUUUAGGUGUGUAACAAUGCAUUAAACUCACGUAAUACUUUUAAUAAAACUGAGUGUCUUUGCAUUGUGCUAGCGUUAGCCGCAGUGUGCACUUUUAUUUUUUUGAAGAGAUUUUUAUGCGAGAUAGCAGUCGGCUCAAAGAGAAAUAUUGUGAUGUCUCGUAUGACAAGACUGUUACACCCCUAGUUGACACAAUUAAUUUUGACCAGUUUGGAGGACCUAGAGAGCCACGUGGUAAUAUCUUAAUGAAAUAGCAACUGAACUGAGCUUAUGCCUGUUAACCACCCAACCAUGCCAAUGAAGGUGCCUAUUUAAUAGGAUUAGGACUUGUUACAGAGAUGGAACCUGAACUAUUUUAUUUCAGAUAUUAGGUGCAUCCUUUGACAUUACUCUGCAGACUAGAUGUUGCAAUCAGAAACAAAGUCAGCAUCUGAUAAGGUAACCUCCAGAGCCUGUAGAGGACCAUUUGACCUCGUGGUCCAUAUUAAAACACACACAAACAUUGCUUUACAGAAGUAUUCAUACGCCUCAAGUUUUUUUGCAUUUUGUCUUGGCACAUCCGGGAAUUUUAUUAGGAUUAGUACGUGAUAGACCGACAUAGAUUAGUGCAUAUUGUGCAGUAGAAGGUAAACUGAUACAUUGUAAUGCAUAUGUAUUCAGCCCUGUUUACCCUGAUAGCCAUAAAUAAAAUCUGAUGCAAUCA